GCGCGGGCUCGGCAGCGGGAGGCGCCCGCCCAGCCCUGCGCGCCGCGCCGCUAGCGGCAGCGCCCGUGCCCGCGGCGGCCGCCCCGGCCCAUGCCCCCGGGGGGAAGGGGGGCUGCAGCAGCCCGGCGAGCCGCCCACCCGCGCAGCGGGGGCAUCGCCCCCACUCGCCGCUCCUGGGAGGGCGGAAAGGAGGCAGCGGCGGCGGCGGCGGCGCCGGCAUUGUGCGCGGCGGAUCGCAGGCCCCGGCGGCGCGGGGCUCGCCUGCCUCCCGCCCCAGCCUCAUGAACCAGCCGGACGGCUCCGCUCCGGCGGCGGCGGCGGCAGCGCAGGCCGACGAGAGCAACAGCAGUGGGCGGAGGAGCUCCUCCAGCAGGGAGUGUUUGAAGAGGAGCCCGCGGAGCCCGAAAGUGGAGGGCUCCGAUUCAGUCACAUCUCGGUCCUCACCUAGUGAAGAGGCUGGAAUGAUGACAGAGGUGAAAGUGAAAACAGAGGUACCAGAUGACUACAUCGAAGAGGUGAUCUGGCAGGAUGACACCAAAGAUUCCAAGAAGAACAUAAAGGAUGGGCCAGGAGAUGUGCCUGCUGAGAUCUGUGUGGUCAUAGGUGGGGUCCGCAACCAGCAGACGCUCGAUGGAAAAGCAGUGGAACGUGGCUCUCCUGUUGGAUAUACUCGAAAUCGAUAUUCAGGGACCUGGAUUUUUGACCAUGCAUUGAGAUACACGUCUGGGUCUUACGAGUGUGGAAUAUGUGGGAAGAAAUACAAGUAUUACAACUGUUUCCAGACCCACGUGCGAGCACACAGAGACACUGAAGCUGCCUCAGGUGAAGGAGCCUCACAAGGCAACAAUUUUAGGUACACGUGUGACAUUUGUGGGAAAAAAUAUAAAUACUAUAGCUGCUUUCAAGAACACAGAGACCUACAUGCCGUGGAUGUUUUUAGUGUGGAAGGGGCCCCAGAAAACCGGGCAGACCCCUAUGACCAGGCCGUCAUAGCAGCAGAUGAAGUGAAGGAGGAGGAGCCAGAGCCGUUCCAGAAGAUUGGUCCAAAAACUGGCAAUUACACCUGUGAAUUCUGUGGCAAGCAGUACAAAUACUACACUCCCUACCAAGAGCAUGUGGCGCUGCACGCACCCAUUAAGUUCUCUCGAUCUCCACUCUUCGUGACAGUGAAGACACAGGCGAGCCAGUCCAGCAAAAAAACACCGGCCUCAAUAAACCGCUGUUCUGCCCUCCUGCACCGCAGCCCCUCCGCUGUCCCGCCCGCCUCCCAGUCCCAGAUGUUCCGCGCUCCAAAUUCUGGAUCCCCAGGAAGCAAGGCCAUUACAGCAGAAAGUGCUUUCAGCAGGAGAGUGGAAGGCAAAGCGCAAAACAACUUUGAAGAAACAAACAGCAAUUCUCAGAACUCCAGUGCUGUUCAUUCGGGGACAGAAAAACCUAAAGAAAAGAGGUGUAAGCAGAAUCCAUCAGAGCCUUACACCUGUGGAGCUUGUGGAAUCCAGUUCCAGUUUUAUAACAAUCUCCUGGAGCACAUGCAGUCCCACGCAGCUGACAAUGAGAACAAUAUUGCCUCUAGCCAGCCCAGAUCACCUCUAGCUGGUGUUGAAGAGAAGUGGAAACCACAGCUCCAAAGAAAUAACACCAACAAUACAUCUGCGAGCGGUUCCGUAGGGAACAGCGCGAUCCCGGAGAAGGAGCGGCAGAACAUUGCCGAGAGGCUCCUGAGGGUGAUGUGCACUGACCUGGGGGCUCUGAGCGUGGUGAGCGGGAAGGAGUUCAUCAAGCUAGCCCAGACCUUGGUGGACAGUGGAGCUCGUUACGGUGCCUUCUCUGUCACGGAAAUCCUCGGCAAUUUCAACACACUGGCUCUGAAGCACCUGCCUCGGAUGUACAACCAGGUGAAGGUGAAGGUCACCUGCGCCCUGGGCAGCAACGCCUGCCUGGGCAUCGGGGUGACCUGCCACUCGCAGAGCGUCGGCCCCGAUUCUUGCUACAUCCUGACAGCUUAUCAGGUGGAAGGCAACCACAUCAAGAGUUAUGUCCUGGGAAUUAAGGGCGUAGACAUUCGGGAUAAUGGUGAUUUUAUCCACCACUGGGUACAGAAUGUGCUCUCAGAGUUUGUGAUGUCAGAGAUCAGGACGGUGUACGUCACGGACUGCAAGGUCAACUCCUCUGCCUUCUCCAAGGCAGGCAUGUGCUUGCGCUGCUCGGCCUGUGCCUUGAACUCGGUGGUGCAGAGUGUGCUGAACAAGCGAACACUACAGGCUCGCAAUAUGCACGAGGUGAUCGAGCUCCUGAAUGUCUGUGAAGAUCUGGCAGGAUCCACAGGCCUCUCGAAGGAGACCUUUGGCUCCCUGGAAGAGACCUCUCCCCCGCCCUGCUGGAACUCGGUCACCGACUCCCUCCUGCUUGUCCACGAGCGCUACGAGCAGAUCUGCGAGUUCUACAGCAGGGCCAAGAAGAUGAACCUCAUCCAAAACCUGAACAAACACCUGCUCAGCAACCUGGCGGCCAUUCUGGCCCCGGUGAAACAGGCAGUGAUUGAACUGAGCAACGAGAGCCGGCCCACCUUGCAGCUGGUGCUGCCUACCUACGUCAAACUGGAGAAACUGUUCACUUCCAAAGCUAACGAUGCUGGCGUAGUCAGCAAACUCUGCCACCUCUUCUUGGAGGCACUGAAGGAGAACUUCAAAGUUCAUUCGGCACACAAGGUAGCCAUGAUCUUAGACCCUCAGCAGAAGCUGCGGCCCGUCCCACCGUACCAGCAUGAAGAGAUCAUUGGCAAAGUCUGUGAGUUGAUCAAUGAGGUGAAAGAGUCCUGGGCAGAAGAAACAGAAUUUGAACCUUCAACCAAGAAGCCUCGGGCAGCAGGGGAAGCCACAGCAGCUCAGGAAGAAGAUUGGUUCGGGAAAAAUGAAGUCUACGAUUAUUUGCAAGAACCUCUCUUCCAGGCCACCCCUGACCUGUUUCAGUACUGGUCGUGUGUUACCCAAAAGCAUACAAAACUAGCCAAGCUAGCCUUUUGGCUCUUAGCAGUGCCUGCUGUUGGUGCCAGAAGCGAGUGUGUAAAUAUGUGUGAGCAGGCUCUCUUAAUCAAAAGGAGACGGCUACUCAGUCCAGAAGACAUGAACAAACUCAUGUUUUUGAAGUCCAACAUGCUUUAAGACUGUCUGUUAAUUAAAAUAAUACUUUAAAACACUGUUCCAAACAAAGAAAAAGAAUUUUAAGUUCUAAACACUGUGGACCUCAUGAUGAAUGCCCCUGGAAACCAAGUGCUUUUUUAUAUAUAUAUAAAAAUAUAAAUAUAUCUAAAAUUAAGUUUGAAAGGAAAGCUGAGCACGUGAGAGAGACAGCCCUCUGCCAGGAACGUGCUCCUUUCCAUAGAUAGUGUGUGGACUUGACAGACUUUCUAAUGUUUUCAAGUGGGCAGACCAAUGGGAGGCUGAUGUUCUAAAGUCUUCAGGCAGCUGAGAUCUAAAGUGACUUGAAGUUUCUUUUGUUUCUCCUCCACCCCACCUUUCCUCUUGUCCCCUGGGCCAUCUUGCCAUGGAUAAUCAGACUACAUUGAACAGACCAAUUCUGCACUGAACUUUGCUCCUCUGAAUGACUGUACACCUUGAGGGCAUUUGUCUGCAGCCUUCUUGACACAGGGUGCCUGUUACCAGGGCAGCUGUGUUUUAUGAACACCAGUAUCGUUAGAAAUCAGGAAGGGAGACUUUAAGGGGUUUAUUUUGUUUUAUUUUUUACUUUGUCAUAGAUGUUUUUGCCAAAAAAACAGAAGUUACUCUUCUGUCUCCACUCCCAGUUUUGAGUUCAACAUGGUAGCUAGUGAUUUUAAGUUUGCUUUAGAACUCAGAGAAAUGGUUCAUGACAGAAAAUGUCUGUAAUUGUUACAUUUCUUGGGUUUUGGUUUUUUUUAUGCGUAACUUCUUUUGUGGAUUCCCAGUGUUAAUUAGCUCCUCUGUGAAUUUUGGACAUCAGGAGUUCUCUAGAGUAGCCCAUUUGGGAUUAAAUAAUAUCCUUCUGGGAACCCCAGCAGUUGCUUUCAUGGAAAAUGCUAAAAACCAGGAAAAACAAGCGAGGGCAGCACAGAUGUCUGUGGGUCACCAGCAGGAUUGCCAGGGUCUGCCAGCUGCCACUGAGGACUCUUGUACCUAAAUUUUUGUAACAAAGUUUCUCAGUGCAUGCACUCAAAACAGCCCUCACAAGGCCAAGGACAAACCAAGGUGUAUGGUUUUUCAGCGGAACAAAGAUGAGCAGUUUUGUCAAACUGAGGUUUGAAGGAAGCUUAGAGAAGUGCAUGGGCUCAAAGAUCCUUCUGAAUGUAAGUGCUCCUGAAUGAGUGCAAAGAAUAUCUUCCCAUUUUAUUUGGAAUGGUUUCCUCUACUAGCACGAAUGUCUUUUUAAUACCUACAGUGCAUUACACUACUUGUUAUGUUGCUGAAUCCUUCUGGCUAGGGAGGCCACGCGCCCCAAGAUGUUCACAUGUACCAGCUCACCCCAACUGCAAUUAGAGAUCAUCAUAAUGCAAAAAACAUCUCAGUCACUCUGGUGUCCACCACAACAGUGCUCUGCUGCGUCCAGUGCCUGUAGGCACAGUCCAUGGGCUGCUGGAUGGGAUCUCUGCAGGCUGCACGUUUGGUGCCUCUUGGACAAUUCCCAGCUUCUGGUGCCAAACUGCUCAUUUUUCAUCACUGGGACUUGUAUCUCGGAGCCAAAUCAAAGCAAGUUCUGAUUUUUGAAGUCUCUCCUGCUUCCAGUGAUGCGCUCUGGAGCUGUGGUCCCAAGUGGCAGCAGAGCAGUGUUGGAGGCUGGGGAGGAUGGACUGGCUGGGGCCAGGCAGGCCCGAGGCUGGAGCCCUUUGGUAGCACAGGGUGUGCUGGGGUUGCUGGCCAGGCAGGGUGAGGCUGGGGCCUCUCUGCAGAGCUGCAGAUGUUGAACCAAGAUCCUUCCUGCCCGUCCCUGGUCGUAAGAGAAGUUGCAAGUUUCGAGACAUGAGAAAUGGCAAACCCAGUCCCAGUCUCUCAGGCUUUGUCUGCAGAUGCCUUGAACCUGACAGGCACUAACUGACUGCUUCACUGCCCUGGGGCUCAGCCAGGGGCACAGUUUCCAGGCAAGACCUUCCCUAGGUCAAGGUCACUCCAGGCAGCUCUUUGCACCCAGCUGUCUUGCUCUUCUCAGCCUGCAAACAGGACCUGCUGUUAGCUUGGGUCUACCUUUUGGGUUGACCUCUGAGUACUGUUACCAGCAUCAGAGCAAAACCAGUUGUCUCCUAAACAUAAUUUUUGCCUAUGGAUAUCUUAAAAGACACGGUCUGCAACCCCACUGGCAGCUGCAGGGGUAGCAGCACUUGCAGAUGAGUUGCCAAGGCAGAGGCACUUGGAGAUCUGAUUUCUCUGGCAGUGGCUUUUGCAAAUGGAGGUGUUGGUUGUAGGGCCAACUUUUCUUCUUGCUGCUUUUAUUCUCUCUCAUACAAAUCCUGCCUGCCCCAACCACCACCUGGGCCCAUGGUAGCACAUCUGCUUUGCACUUGCAGUCCAGCAGAAACCUACCAUGAACAGUAACUAAGUCUCAAACUACAAGCAAAACACCCAAGUGAGAUGUACACGGAUUACAAAGCGUUUGUCUUGUGUUCCCCCUGAAGAGCACAAGGUUUCCUGCAGCAGGAAAACCUGGCUGGAGGAUUAAUCCAAAGCAAGAUUAGUUUUUGAGGCUGCAGAGUGUGUACUGUGCAGCUCAGGUGAUGGGCAGGACUGGAGACAGGAUUUGUAGUUCUUUCUCCUAAUGCUGUGUUACACUUUUUUGCUUGGUUCACUUGAGACCCUGGGUGUUGCUCCCAGGCUCUUCAACACUCAGGGGAAUGAGCAAACCCCUCGUGUUCCUUUGAAGAGAAAGCUCCAAACCCCAACACUCCUUUGCUAAGGGGCAGGCUGGUAACUUCUGUGGGAUUUGCCAGCUGAUUGUGCUGUCUGUCUGAAAGGCAUUAAGGGUGGGGAAGGGGACAGAGCACAAGUUUAAAGCUCUGGAGUUGAGUAACAGGUGAAAUUACAGGCAUUUGUGCAGCCAUUUGAUGCCAGGCUGCCCAGCAGUGAGCUGGACCAUGGCUGCAGAGCCAGGGCAUGCAAACAAGAAAAGCCACAGCCCCUCUUUAGCUCCCAGCUCAUCUCCCCUCCCACUUUUUACAGUGUGGUUUUGGCAUCAGAUCUGGAGCUUUCUUGCUGUGACAACCAACAAGAGGAACUGACUUGACCCUCUCCCUAUCCAAGUGACCGUCCCCUCCAAGGCAACUUUGGUUAUGGUUGCACUAAUGAUGGAUGUUAAGCAAACGUGUUGUCUGGUAGGUGAAGUUUUCCCAAAGACAUAAAACCUCAACUUAGCUGAAAAAAAAGCAAAAUAAAACCUAAAACCCUGAAAUGGAGCAAUCGGGAAAGUUGGUGAGAAGUUGCUAAUUGGGCAGCCCCCUUCUCCAAGGAGUCAGUGGAAGAAGCUGCAGCUUUUCAUGAGACUUAAACAUGGGCACAAGGUGUUCUGCUCAGAGGAGGUGUUCGUGCUGUGUCUGAUCACAGGCUUUUGUCUGAUGCACUUAUUUUAUUCUUCAUGAAAAGGAGAGAAGCACAUCUGGAGCACGUGUCUUUACCCUAAAUGCCAACCUUUUGCUCCUGUUUAUUCUUCCCUCUUCAAGGCUUGGAUUUGCAUUCUAGGGAGCACAGAUUCUUUACCAAGGUCUGAACUUUGAAAGUUCUAUUUUUCCAGGUUACUCCAACCCAAAUUUUUCUAUGAUUCUGUGGUGUGGAGCAGCACUAAGGAACACUGCCCAUCCUGUGGUGGACGACCGGAGAGGAGGUCUCUUAAUUUGGCCAGAGCUGUCCUGAGUUUCUGUUCCCUUUUAGCUGGGAGGAGAAGUCCCCAAAAAAGGGAUCAUCCUUCGGUAGAUCCUGUUGGAAAUUUGCCUUCUGAUUGUUUUUUUUUCCUUUACUUGCACUUGAGAAAUGGGUUGGGAUACAAAAAUGGUGUAUGUGUCCUCCAGGCAUUCAUUUGUUUCUGCUGCUUACUCUGUGCCUGACCUUGCAGACUUCUCUCUCUGACCUCACAGUUUGCUUUGGGAGGAGUUAUGAUCUCAGGUGGUGAGCAAGCACCAACAGAAAAUGAACUGUAAAAAUGAAGGGCCUUCCAGUCCUGUCUAAAGAUCCUUGUUACUAGACAACUGAGAUAGUGCGAUAGCAAGGCAGAGCUCUUCAAAACCGAUGGUUGUGUCUGUGUGAGUAGGGCAGCCAGAGGGUCAGUGGAGAACAUGGAGCCCAGAUUUGUCUCCUGUGUCUCCUCUCCCCAUGUCUCUAGCAGCAGACGUUGGUUGUAUUCUGGUUUGUGAGAUGUUUCUGUGUCUUGCACCUGGGUUGUUUUCAGAUGGAAGUAAACUUCUCUUUUUGUCAAAGCUGUGCGUCUUUUCUAAGAAAACUGAGUUGGUUGUGUUUGAACUAGUGCAAUCUGAAAAACUUCCUGUGAAAGCCAACUGUGGGCUCAGGUUUUGUCUAAUUCAGUUGUCUGUUAAUUGCUGGCUAAACCAGUUUAAUUUUGAGAUAAAUUGGUUUAAGCAUCCACAUGAACCACCUGCAGUGGUUUAACUGCGCUUGCUGGGUGUUCUCUCCUGCUGAGCAGAGAACACGUCCAGAAGCAGCUCAGGGAGUCAUGACCCUUCCGUGAAUUUUGCAAACAAAGUUGUGGCAGAUACUCUCAAAGCUCGGGAAGGACUGAAAAUAGAGGGGUGGGCACUUCUGAAAAUGGCUUGAGCUCUGACUUGUGGGAUCCGAGUUAAUAGAGUGUUCAGUGAGGUGUCUCAGGCUGGUUGGUUAGUUUUUCUCCAACUGUUUGCAGUAACAUGGGAGAUUUAGUGUGAGAAGAAAUUCCUGUGUAUGUUUGUGUUGGUGGAUGAGUCCACUCAGCUCUACCAGCCUGAGGGACCAUUCCCAUUUUCUGGAUCCCACCUUAGGCAAGCCAGGACCUAGUGUUGCACAGGGUGUCCAAGACAUUGUGCUGUUUGGAGAAUGCUGUGGACACUUCUGGGCAGCACCAAGCUACUGAUCAAUCAAAAGUCAGUAAAAGAGCAGCCAAAAGGUAUUGAAAGACUGGGAGGGUGGCUUUGGGCUGAGGAGAAAGGCAGGUCUCUGAUUGCAUCUCUCUGGCUGAAGGAAGUGGAGGGGAACUCCUGUGAGCUUUCAAAGGGAGCACAUAGGAGGGGACAGAUUGUUCCCGAUGGAAUAAUUAGGAGCAAUGGGAUAAAAAUUAUCAAAAAGACACUAAAGGCAGAUUCUGGGAAACCUUUCCAGGGAGGAGAAAUCCUUUCAUUCAUGUUACAGGAAUGUUUUUGAGCCCUGUUGUUCCAAACAAGGCUGCACAACUCUAUGGAGCACACUCCGUAAGGUACAAGGCUGCUUGGGACCUUGCCAAGAGAAAACAGACUGGGUGUGGAGACCAGUCCUGCCCAGGAGGUCCAGGAGGGUUCACAGAGCAUCUUCCCACUCACCACUGGCACCAAACCCUUCCCAGCACUCCAGUAUAUGCAUUAACCAGGUUUCAUAAGGAGGGAGGUAGCUGAGUGGCAGAAGGGACAGAGGAGAUAACGCUAGUUGAGGAGCACGUGUCUUGUCAACCUGUGUUCUGCCAAAGUGAGAGAAUCGGUGUGAGGGAGAGUAUGAUAUUACUUGCUGCUGGUGCUGUGCGUUUUCUGUGCUACACCAUGAUCAUGAAUCCUUGGGAUCUGUUGAGAAUGCCCAGAAGCAUUGGCUGAGACUCAAGGUCCUGUGUCAGGUCCUUGUGGAGGUGUCUCCUCGUAGCAGUAAGAACUUGCCUCCCAUAGUGCAUGGGACCUGUCCCUGUGCCAUGUGUUGUCACCUUCCUGCGGCCUCUGGAAGUGUCACUGAACAGAACAAUAAUCAAACCAGAGUGAGAUGAACCCCAGCACAGCUCUGAGCUGAAUGCCUCCUUAGUGCUGAGGGGUAGUUUGCUUUUGCUAGGCCAGAAAUGGUAAACCAAUGAGAGUGUAUUGCCCGAACUUUAAUUUGAUAUAGCAAAUAUUUGGGGGUUUUCUGUUCAAUUUUGGUUUUGUUUGGCUGGUUAGUUGGGUUUUUUACUACUUCCAUUAGAGUCCUUUGUUUUAUACCUUGAUGGAAGAGUUUUGCUGACAUUAGAUGACAGUGUAUCCAAUAGACCCAUUAGGGUUUAAUGAUUUGUAGGCAGCUGAGUUUGAAUUUUUUAGAAUAGCUUCUGAAAUGAGUUGUGUCAGUGGCUCCUUGAUGCACAACGUCAACCACUGGCUGAGAUAAUUUUCUUCCCAUUAUUGUGAUGUUACUGCCAGGGGUCAUUGGGUGGUGUUGCCAGGUGGGCAGCACAGCCUUAGCCAAGGAAUAUUGUGCAGUGGAGUUGAUGGGUCCAGGCAUGUUAAACCCUUGCUUUUUACAACCAAAGUUCCUUAAAAAAUACACUUCCAGCCUCAUCAGCCUGGAGUGCUUGUUUUCAGCCUUCUGGGGGCUCUUCUGGCGGUCUCUGCAAUGUGUGGUUAUGAUGGGGGUUUUUUUUCCAGUGGGCUGGGGGAUGGGAGGAGGGAUUUUUAAUUUUUUUUUUUCCUUGCUAUUUGUGCAGAAGGACCUUUCCACUCAAGGAAGGAGGCAUGUAUGUGUUCUGGAAGGAGCAACACUCUUAGGAGCUGUUUUCCACGGUCCCUUAGUCUUACUGGGACUUUAAUAUUUUUUUUUAAAUUCUUUAAAAAGGAAACUGAUAACUGAAACAUUUGUGGCAGGUGACUAGGUAAGACUGGCAGUGCAGGAGGAGCACACAUCACAUCAUGCAGACCCUGAGGAUUCUGUUUCACGCUGUAGCUAGAAAAGUGUCACGUCAACAACCCAAACCAUCAGGAAAUCCUUGUUUGCAGCCAGGCUGAAAAGAGAAGCUGUUCCUCGUUCCUGUCUUCGUUCAAAACCUCCUCUAUGGGAGCUGAAUUCUUGUUGCUUCAUCAAGCAAACAAUUAAUGUUCUCCUUUCCCUCCUCCCCCUUGCUCCCCUUGGUAACUCGAGUGCAUUUCCUCCCUUUCUGUAGAUGCAGAUGUUCUAGGCAAUACCACAGAUGCACCUCGUGUGUCUCUACCUGCGAGUACAAGGAUCUCAUGUCAUCUUAAAAAAAUACAAAAAAAAAAUAUACAAAAAAUAUACAAAAAAAAAUAUCUUUUUUAGGCCAGAGUUUUCUACAGGUAUUAAUGAAUAUUUUUCUUAAUCCUUAUAAGUUUUAUGUGUUUAAUAUUUCUUAAUACCGGUAGCAUUAAUUUAUACUUUUGUAGCAACACAAUAUUUUUAUAAACCGCCACCGCUGGCUUUGUCUUCAUACCGGGGAGACGUGCGGGCAGCUGGCCCCGCUGUACCAUGUACUGUAUUUAAAAGGUUAUCUAAUGUCACACUUGCUGUGUUAAUAAACAAAACAAAAACCUGUUUGAAGUCUCAUGUAUUGUUGGUGUGGAUCGAAUGACUCAAUAGAGAGCAAUAUUGCACGGGGUUGAGUUGCUGAUUUUCAUUGUGAUACACGAACGCUUGAGGCCAACUCAAGUUCUUCUGAGUUCUUUUCUUUUUAGGAUUUUGUUUUGUUUCGGUUUGUUUUGUUUUGUUGUUUUUGGUUUUUGGUUUUUUUUACAGCUAAGGAAAUUCAGUGCUGUUUGAAACUUAGACUGACGUCAAAUGAAAA